AUGGCGCGGCGGUGCGGCUGGCAGCGACGCGUGCUCGUUCGUGACGUGCCCGAACGGCUGCUCCUGCUCCGCUUCCUCUGGCGUUGCCAAUGCCCCGAUGUCUCCAAGUGCGCGGUGCAGAACGGUGCAGCGGUGUGCAAAUGCCCGGCGCCCUUCAAGCGGCUGAUCAACAACCAGUGCUCGUCCGCUGCGCUCGCCAACUCGGACUACCUGGACCAACACAACGCCGCCCGCGCCGCUGUGGGCGCUGCGCCCCUCGUGUGGGAUGAUGCCCUGGCAUCAAGGGCCAGGGCAUGGGUUCAGGCGCUGGCGUCGAGUGCGCACAACUGCCAGCUGCAGCACGGCGGCGCCAGCGGCGAGGGGCAGAACCUGUCGGGCGCCAGCCCCAGCGGAUGGGCGUCCAACGGCGAUGCGGUGCGCUGGUGGGUGGACGAGGGCAAGUGGUACCAACUCGGAGUGUUCCCCAACGGCUGUGCGGGCGGUGAUUGGGCCAAGUGCGGCCACUACACGCAGUUGGUGUGGAACAACACGCGCAGGCUGGGGUGUGCCAAGGCGUCGUGUGGCACGCGCAGCGACCCCUUGCCUUCUCCGCUUGCAUGCUUCCCUUGGCCGUAUCCUCUUCGUGGUCUCCCCCCAACACACACGCUCCCCUGCUUCCCCUUCCCCUCCACCCCAUGCGUCCCCACGGCAGUGCAGGACCCCUGCUUCCGAGCGCUCUGCCCAUCCACAGCCACCUGCAUGGCAGUGGGGGGCAACCCCAAGUGCCAGUGCGCGCAAGGCCAGGCGUUGGUCAAUGGCAAGUGCCACGCAGACCCAUGCAGGGGGGCGAGCAGGUGUGCAGGGGACCUGGUGUGUGACGGCUCGUCUGGAGCAGCGCAGUGUGUGUGCCCCCAGGGCACCGUGCUCACCGCUUCCAACACAUGCCUGGCGCCCUCCUGCAAGGGGGUGACGUGCCCGGCCUCAGCGCGCUGCAGGGCGGACAGCAACGACAUCCCCUUCUGCGUCUGCCCGGCCUCGCAGCCCCUUGUGAACGGCACCUGUGCUUCAACCUCAUCCACCACAGUCACCACCAGCAUUGCUCUCUUCAACCGCCCCUCCUUCACCAAUGCACCCGCCACCUUCGGCCCCAUCAUCCUCCGAGCGCCCACUCCCGGCGCUGCUCGCCCUGCCGGCUGUGUGAACGUGCCGGCGCCAAUGGCAGGGGCGGUGGGGUCGCUGAAGAUACUGUGGGAUGCGCCUGAUGGCGCCACGGGCCGCAGGGUGGUGUGUGGGCUCAUGUGGUUUUGGAACGGGGCGGACUGCUAUGGCCGCGCCGCAGGGUGGUAUCGCCCCGGCAACAAUGUUACCACUGCUGCGACCACAAGUGGAGAAGUCGCGUUGCUGCGCUCUAUCAGCUGCUCUCCUUGA